GUUGGAUUUACCAGCCGAAGAGCGAUUCACGGGACUUGCUUUGUGUUAGUAGUCCGGCCGACAGCGAAGGUGACAGGUGUGUGGUGACAAGGAGCAGAGGUAAGUACAGUAUGUUGUGUUCUCCUGGCAUCAUUGAUACAUUUGGGGUCUUGUGAUGUCCGCGAGGGGAGUUGACAAGCCAGACAGACCACCUCGCUUUCUUGUGAAUUUGUUCCUAGCGAGGCAGGGAAUGUUAUGGCAGGCUUUUUAAUUUCUGUCAAGUGUUCAAGACCCCUGCUGACACCAGAAGAAAAUACUCAGCAUACCACAGCCCGCUGCUUCUUUUACCAAAGAAGGUUCGUUCUAUAACGAUCGGGGUCACAGGUCAUCCGUUAGAAGUACAAAAAAAUGGCUUCGAUCAAGGUGGCAAAGGACUGCUUACUGAUCGGCGAUGAAGAUGAAGGACCACGGAAGGUCAUUCAGACUGGAACUCGCAGAGCCGCCAAAACCCCAGAGCCCUCGCUAACGCUUCGUCCACCCCCGCCUCCAUCCCGACAACCUCGCGUCAUCCCCAAGCUGGCCACCGUGGAUGUUGUCCCCGUCAACGCCGCCGGCGCCAACCCUGACGAUCAGUGCAGCCCGGACGAAGAGAAGACGGAGACAGUAACCUCGGCGUGUAAUGUCGUCGGCGGUGCCAAGCCAGAAACCAAGCAAUGCGCCGUUAGUUCAGAAGAAUUGCAGAAAGGGCAUUCCUAUCGAGUAAAGUAUUUAGGUGAAUAUCUGGUUGAACAGCCCAAAGGCACGGAGAUGGUGAAAGAUGCAGUUCGAAAAAUGCAGUUCAACAAGCAUAUAAAGCGAGCAGAAGGCCAAAAAUCGCCUAAGUUGGACCUGAUUAUUUCUACAGACGGCAUCACCAUCCAAGAUCCUCGAUCAAAGAGGACUAUGAACCAGUACCCACUGCACAGAAUAUCCUUCUGUGCAGAAGAUAAAUCUGACAGAGAGCUGUUUACGUUUAUCGCCCGAGAGAGAGACGGCAAUAAAUAUUACUGUUAUAUAUUCAAAAGUGGCAAAGUCGCGGCGGAGAUGGCUUUGAAAGUGGGACAGGCCUUUGACACAGCCUACAGGAGGUUCCUUGACGCUGGUUCUGGUGCCAGCGACACCGACUACAAGGAGAAAUGGAUCGAGCUACAACAAAUGGUACACCAGCUGCAGGUCGAGAACGAGGCCCUCAAAAGACGAGUGGAGGAGCUGGGAAAAAUAAAGGACUGCUGCGAGUUGGAACAAUACAUGAAAACAUAUCAGUUGUCAAGUCUCUCGUCUGUUUCGUCAAUCAUCUUUAACAAAGCAACAUCAGAAGAUGCAGAGGCCAGAAGAGAGGAGGAUGAUGACAGUGAUGAGGAUGGAGUUAUAAAUAUCAAAGAAAAUCAGUCCUCAGCUCAAGAUCAGCCACUAGCUGGUAGACCAUUGGAAGAUCUGAUCUUUGACCUUCCUACACUACAAACAUCAGCUGGGUAUUCUGUUUCCAGCCAGCCUCUAAAUUCUGCUGAUCUACUAACUCAAAAUGCUAACAUUGAAGAUGUGUGGGGAACUGGUCGGUCAGUCAUGGAACAACACUCUAAAACCGCCCUGCCAGCACAAACAGCUCCAAAUGUCAUAAGUGCUGGAGAAAUCUGGGGAACUGGUCUGUCCAUCACCAAAACAACAGCCUGCGACCCCCUACCAACACAAACAAUUGCAAAUGUUACGAGCAAUGGAAACAUUUGGGGAACUGGUCAACUCUCUGCAAUCCAUCAGCCAACACAAACAGCUUCAAAUGUUAUGAAGGCGGUAAACACUUGGGGAACUGGUCAGUCAGUUACUGCAAAGGCCUCAGGGUACAAUACGUCACUAAACCCGUUUGCUGCUCCUGCCAAAAUCAACAUUCCAGCAGUGAGUGACCCAUUUGGUCUAGGCAUCUUCAGUCCUACUUCUGUUAAUCAUGGUCUUCCUUUGCCUCAAGAAAAAUUAUUCAGCACACAGGCAGGAUUUGGCCAAGGUCUUUUUCAAGUAACAGGAAAGUGCAGCUUUGAUGACAUUGAUCCCUUAAAUCGUCUGCUCUGAUUCUGAUCAUCAUCACUUAAUGUCAAAUGCAAAUCUGAAAAUAUUGCUGUCUCCAUUUAACAAUAAUCACGUUAAACCUGAGUAAAACAGUUCAACUAUACAAAUGUAUCUGUGAACUAAGUUUUUUUCUAACUAUUCAAAGUCUGUGUGCCCAUGCAUUUGUUUACACAUUCACCUGUAUCAAUAUCCUCAAGAUGUUAAUGUGUUUUCAAUUAAAAAAAACAAACAGUGGGACAAUCUGAGCAGCUGUUUAAUAUUGUGUGUGUGCACGUGAAAAGAACUGAGUAGUGAGUACAAAAAUUUUUUAAAAAACAAGACUUUAUGAUUUGCAAACUUCAUGUGAGAAGUAUUUAGCUAAACCUGUCAGCAACAGAAGUAAAUUAUGAAGUUAAAGGCAAAUUUUGAAACAUUAAAUGUAAUAUAAAUAUUCUUGCAAUUUUGAAUUGUAACAACUAGAUUUUCUGAAUCACAUUUAGAACAAACUACAGUUUAAUGGUAACAAAUCUCAAACUUUAAUGUCCAGACAUCACUGUACUUCAAAAAAGCACAAAUAUGUUCUAGACUAAAUAAAUGAAAGAGUAAAACAAAGCAACUGGAAUGUCUUGUAAGCAAUUACUGCCAAAAAGUAAACCAAAAUUGUGAUUUUGCUUAAAACAGCUGUAAAUAAAAACAUUUUAGCUAUUUGAAUGGACAGAUACUUUAAAAGCAAGCACAAGCAUAUUGAUCUUGAGGAAUGUAUUUCUAUGCGCUCUUUUGCGCAUGCACACACACACUGACAAGGAGAUUGUCAUUCAAAUAAGCAUAUAAAAAUAAAUGUUAUGACUAUUCAUAUCCUUUUCCGAGGUAUCCGAGUUAGCUUUACAUAAAGCUGAAAACCAAAUAUAUCCUAAAAUAGUAGAUCAUAGAUACACCAGACUAUAAAGGUUAUUCUUGUCCACAGAUUCCAUAUACAUGUGUAAAUAAGCAAUGUUUGUCUCGUUACUGCACACUUUUCAGAAAUUACUAAUCUCUGAUGUACACAUCUUCUGUGCUCUUGAUUGUUUAAUACUAGAUUAAACUUUUAAGUAAUAAUUUAAUAAAUACACUUCUGCCAUACAACAAACAAUAAACUGUCAUGACUCUCCUCUAAGUUCAGUCAACUGUAAACAAGCAAAAAUUCAUCUCAACUUGUAAAGUGCCCAAGCCAUUAAAGACAAGACUCCUCUUUUACUAGAGGAAGAGAUCAGCAGCGUAUACAAAUGUUUCUCGCCAUCUCAAAAAUCCACCCCUGCCACUCCCAAUUAUUCCUGUGGUACUAGCAGCUAAAAGAAAACAAGUGGAGGUGAGCAUAUUCCAAAAAAAAAAAG